GACGCCUCUUCCCGCCGCUGUCCACACGAUGCGGGUGUCGGGCUCCGGGGCCGCGGUUCUCCUGUUCUUCGGCCUCGUCUCCUGGAGCCGGGGUCAAGAGACGAUUAAGAAACUCUCUGGCAGCAAUGUGACAUUUAAAGUAGACGUGACAGCCGGCCCCACGGAAAUCGCCUGGUACCAGCGUACCGAUAAGAUCGUAGACCUGGAGGUAGGGUCGGAGCCGUUCUUCUACAGUUUGAAGAAUAGGACUGUCCCAGAUCUAUCAAAAGGGACUCUGCUUCUCAUGGAUGUGUCUCCGGCAGACAGCGGAUCAUACAGAGCUCAGCUUUUGAUUGGAGGUUCAUAUAAAAACGUAUAUUUCAGCCUGCAGGUGUUCGACCGCGUUUGUCAGGUUGUCAUCCGGAACAGCACACAGGAGAACAAUGUGACGCUGUGGUGUACGUGCUCCGCCCCCAGCGCCGCGCCUCCCACCAGGUAUCAGUGGUCCAACGAGAGCAGCCGCAGUGUGUCUGACCUUCAGAAGAUCACCGUGCAAAGAGCAGACAAGGAGCAGCUCCUCCGGUGUAACGCCAGCAAUGAGGUCUCCUGGACUGACGCCACCAUCACCGUGCCCGCCAAAGCUAACAAUGGGAGGUCACAUAUAGCUGCUAUUAUCUGUGCAAUCGUGGGGGUGAUCAUCAUCAUCAUCGCCAUCAUCCUGCUUUACUUCCGCUGCAGAAAACGCGCUACGUUUUCUGUCCAAAAUCAAGAAGACACUGUGAAACUUCUCCAGGAGCCUACAGGAGAGUCUCUCACACCUUCAGAGAUCGUCUUUAAGAAAGAUGGAGAAGUCGUGAUGUCGAUCUUACUGCAGUCACCAGUACUGUGUCUGGAAAGGCUGAGUGUACAGCCACACUUGCUGAAGAUUAUGGAUGUGAAGGAGGAAGACUUUGCGCAGUACAAGGCCAAGGUUCACCUCGGAGAAAACACCACCACCCACACGUUUCUCUGUAAAUCAGCACAAAAUGGGAAGAUCGGAGAGGAUGAUGAUCCAGAGACUGGACUGGUUUAUCCUGAAAAUGGAGAGCUGACGAUGGAGAUCCCCAACGCUGAGAACGCUGAACGUAUCGUCUGGAGUAAAGAUGGCGCUGAGAUCCUGGCGGUGACCUGCAGCCCCCUGUCCUCUGAGCGACCGGUCUUAUAUAAGGGGGCUCUGUCUACAGAUCUUGUAUGGGACGGGGAUAAGACGCACUGGGAUGAUGUCGCUCGCCCCCCCGGGGCUUCUGUCGAGUAUAUCUUCUGUCUGAAUGAUGCCGCACGGAACUCCGGAAGCAUCACAUUGUAUCCGGUGAUUGUGGAGAAUGAAGAGCGAAUCACCUGGACGAAGGACGGGAAACGGCUGGCGAGCUGCAAGGCGGGCGAGAGUCCGGAAUAUUCCAGAGGUGGAGCCUUCUACCUAAAGUCCGGGCGCCUGACCCUGAGCAACCUGAAGGAGGACUGCAGUGGACAGUACAUCAUGGAGGCACAGGGCCCCAAGACAUCCCGGCAGGAGUUCAGCCUGACCAUCUGUCCAGCUUUCUGAUCGCUCUGCUCUGGAGGAUCGCUCAUCGCUCUCUUCGGACGCCGCAGCCCGGCACUAUGUAUAUUGCAGCCUCCUGCAGUCGGGGGAGGGGAUGUGACUGUUCAGAUCUUGGAGCCUGGACCUCCUGAGCGGCUCUUCACCUCUGCGCACAGUCCUCGGACCUCGCGUCCGUGCUUCUCCAUGCAUGUCUGUGGGCCUUACAUGACCAUACUAUAACGCUCUCCUGUGCUUUGUACACAAAUUUUUGGGAUUUAUUUUUUUUAUACCAAUUUCAUUUACCAUUUUCUUACAUAUUUUUUUUAUACUUAAAAACAAUGAAGGAAUCCUGUGAUACACGUGGCGACAGCAGCUCGGUCACCUGGGGACACUGAUCUCAGUAUGUGGUGGUCCUGGGGAGAGUAUGGGGACCCCCUGCUUCUGCAAUCCAUCGAGGCUGCAACAACUCUUCAUUGUAGUUCAGCACAAGGAACGCAACCUCAGCAGGCGCAGUGAUCCCUAAAAAGGGCUCUUCCGGGGCCCCACAGUGGUUAUUACAGGAAGUGAUGACCCGUCCUCAUAAUAGAGUGGUCACAGCUCUCCGCUGCACAGUGGCUGGAUGGGAGCGCUGCUGUGAAGGCACCUCAGCCUCUUUGUUGUUGAGAUGGAGGGUCCUAGAGGUCAGAGGCAUAUGCUAGUAUUAUAAGAGGGAUACCCCAUGUAAUUAUUGGAUCAUGUUCUGCAUGUGCCUACCGGACACUGCUUCGAUUCCUCAUCGUUAUCAAGAUCUCUGCUUGCCGUCAGUGAAUGUGAAAAUUAUUUAUAUCCAUAAAUCGAAAAGCCAUCCUGACCUAAUACUGCUCACGUCGGAGGGUUUGUCAAAGUUGUGUCAGGUCUGUUUAGGAGAGGAUUUUAAUGUUUCAUGCCAUAUCGCAUGGGUGAUGUUAUUAUUGGGGGUCUUAGGCGGGGUACCGACUGUUCCUUAAAGGUUAUGUACACCUUCACGGUCUUAUGAUUGCAUUUUACCCAUUUUGGGCUAAAAAAAAGUAUAUUAAAAAUAUUGAGCCAUUCUGUCACAAAGCGUUAACUGUUUGCUCAGCUGUGUGAAUCGGUGUCAUGUAAUAAACCUGAUCUCUAAGAUAGUAAAAUGUCAUAAACACUUAUUAAAGCCACUUUCUUAUCACUGAGCUAUAACGAGUGUUUAUAAGAUCAGAGAUAAGGAGCCGUCAGCUGAGCUGCCUGACGGAACAGAGUGAAAAUUCAGAGCCUGCUACUAGAUAAACUCAAGGCUGCACACAGACAGUGGUUCACAGCUGAAAAAUGUUUUUAGCUCGAAAUGAGUACAAUGCAAUAAUAAAAUAAAUGUCCACAAAGGUGUGCAUGGCCUUUAAAGAGACUGGCUGUGAAGGGAGACUUUUUGGCAAUGUUCCAUGGGAAAAUAAUCUCCCAAGAAAGAGAACCAUCUGACUAGCGCCACCUUCUGGAAGUGGCUCCCUCUGAGUCAAAGUCCACCCUUUUAACUAAGCCUAAGGAUAAAUAGCCAAGCCAUUGAUCCGUCCGUAGACAGCUGUUUCGGAUGCUCCCCUCAUCAGGCCGGAGUGGGAUUUGCACUCAGCCAGACAGAAUCCUACUGAUGCGCUGAUGUCCGGCAGCUCCCCACAUGCAUGCUCUGCUGGGCAUUCCUGUGUAUGGGGUGGAUCGGCACAGUCAUCUCAUCAAUAAGACCAGGGGUAAGAGGGGGAGAAUGUAAUGGGACCAGUACCAGACAGUACAGAAGGUCAUCUUCAGGGCUGGGAGAAGUAUUUGCCCCCUUCCCAGUGACUUCUAGUUCACCAUGUUUGUCAGACAUUUCAGAUCAUCAGAUGACUAUUAACGUCAGACACCGAGAACCUGAGAUCACAGCAGAUUUUAUAUAAACCUGGCCCCAUGUGAGGAAGUAAUUGCCCCCUUAUAGUGACUCUGUAGACAGUUGGUUUGUGUUUCCGCAUCCCGGCAUGAAUCAGGAGAUCACUUUCAUAGAGCCUGCCUGGUGAUGUGAAGCAGCUGGAAGUUCUCCUAAACCCCUACAUGAUACAGCUAUGUACUAAAGACAUUCAUAUACAGAUGCCAAGCAAAGUCUUCGACAGCGUUACACCGCCAUCGCUGAGGCUCUGGUGAACUAUAGUGCCACUAAUGGUGAAAACCUUCCCGGAGCGACCAGUCUACCAAAAUCCAUCAAGAGCAUCAGCAACUCAAGGAGGUCACAGAAGAACCUAGAGGAACAUUUGUAGACCUGGAGAUCUCAGCUGCCCCAGGAAAGGUCAAUAUACUUGUUUUGAAUUUGCCAAACAUCGAGAUGACGCCUAACCCUUUUGGGAUAAUAUUCUGAAGUCUUAUGAGUCAAAGGUGGAACGUUAUGGAAGACAUGGUUCCUGUUACAUCCCAUUCCACUGUAAGAACAUCAUAGCAACAGUCAAACGUGAUGGUCGUGUAAUGAUCUGGAGCAGGACCUGGAUGACUUGUCAUCAUAGAUGGAACCUUGAAUUGUGCUUCAUCGGAAAUCAUCAGGAGAACCCAUUAGUUCAUGACCCGAAGCUCCAGCACAGUUGGGUUAUGUGGCAAGACAAAGACCCAGAGCGCACAAGUCACCUCGAAAGGGCUAAGAAGAAUCAAGAUGACAGUUCUUGAGGUGCUGGGUCAAAGUCCUGACCUCGGUCCCAUUGAGAUGUGUCAAAACCUUAAUGAGGCUGUUCAUUCUGGGCAUCCCUCUAGUGUAGGCAAAAUAAUAGCAGUCAGACAUCACUAACCUGAUCAAUCACAGUUUUUUGGUAGAAAUGAUAUUUCUGCAUAGCAAAUAAUUUACUAGCAGGUGUAGUAGAGUAAUAGAAACCCAACAUGACAUGCAU